GAAGCAGAGGGAAUUCCAUCUCACAAAACGUAGAUCAGAGAUGGCCAGACUCCAAAACAAUCCUUUUCUUUUCCCUCCAAAUCACCCCACCACCGUCACCAUCGCCUCUUCUUCUUCUUCCUCCUCUUCUUCUCAAUUCAACCCCUACAAAUAUUUUCCCAAGCAAAGCAUCCUUCAUCAACUAUAUCUCCCCAAAUCUCGUCCUAUCUCUUUCACUAUAACCCAAGCCCACAAACAAACAGCUUCCAAGCUACAAACCCUUUCAUCAAUUCUCUGUUCUGUUGAUCUUACUCUCCUCGGUUCCACUUUGUUCUUAUUUUUUCAUCUUUCGGGUCGAAGCAUAAAAUGGAGUCAGAAGAAGGUGCAAAGAUGGUUCAGAGCCUUGUGAAUGUGACCCCAUCAAAGUACUCGAAGAGGGUACUUCUGAAAUCCAUCUUGGGUCGCAGUGAUAAUGGCUGGGAACUCGUUGGCCAGAGAAUUAUUAUUGGGGGAUGGGUGAAAUCAUCGAAAGAGCAAAUAAAGGAUCUUCCUCCUCCUCCUCCUCCGCCAGAGGCUGCGCCGAAGAAGGAAGAGGGGCCUAAAGAAGUUUCUUGCGUGGAACUUCUUCAAUCUCGAAUUCCUCUCUUUCGAACAAUAAUUAAGGCUCUGACUGGCCACUACCCCACACAGGAGAAGGUGGAGACAUGGUCUGCUAGUGCUCGACCCAAUCUGACUUCUAUUGCUUAUUUGCAAGUCAAUGAUGGUUCCUGUGUUCUAAAUCUUCAGGUGGUGGUCGAGUCCUCUGUUGCUCCUCUUAACCAAUUAAUGCCUACAGGAACUUCAAUUUUGGCAGAAGGUGUUUUGAAGCAAUCAUCUGUGCAGGGAAAGCAUGUUGUAGAGCUUAAUGUGGAGAAAGUUCUACACAUAGGAAUUGUCGAUCAUGUUAAGUAUCCAUUGGCAAUGAGAAGAAUACCUGUUGAUGUUCUAAGGGGUUAUUCCCAUCUUCGUCCUCGCACUAUUACGGUAGCAUCUGUUACUCGAAUCCGAAAUGCGUUGACUUAUGCAACUCAUGCAUUCUUCCAAAACAAUGACUUCCUUCACGUGCAUGUCCCUAUUAUUACUACCAUCGAUGCUAAAGGUUUUAGUGAGAAGUUCCAGGUUACAUCUCUUUCUGGUAAAGCUGAUAAGGAGCAGCCUAAGGAGACAAAUGAUAUUGGAGCCAUUAACCUUGAAGUUGUUAGGGGUGCUAUUAAGGAAAAAAGUAAUAAAGUUGACGAGCUAAAAAGAAGUGACAGCAAUAGGGAGGCACUAUCAGCUGCACUUCAGGAUCUUAAGAAGGCAAAUGAGCUAGCCUUGCAGUUGGAAGCACAAGAGAAAUCAAAGCCAGGAACUUUGUCAAAAGUAGUAGAGGUGGACUUCUCUAAAGAUUUCUUUGGCCGCCAAGCAUAUCUAACUGUUUCUGGUCAGCUUCACCUUGAGAGCUAUGCAUGUGCACUCGGUAAUGUGUACACAAUUGGACCCACAUUUCAAGCAGAAAAGACACAGAAUACAAAGCAUUUGGCAGAGUCAUGGGUUGUUGAGCUCGAAAUGGCUUUUGCUGACUUGGAGGAUGUCAUGAACUGUGCUGAGGACUACUUGAAGUUCCUCUGUCAAUGGGUUUUAGAACAUUGUUCUGAUGACAUGGGAUUUGUUUGCAAACGAAUUGACAAUACUAGCAUUGAACGCCUUCAAUUUUUGUUGUCAAGCUCAUUCGGAAAGAUCACCUACACACAAGCAGUGGAGCUUUUGAAAAUUGUUACAGACAAGACAUUUGAAACUAAAAUCGAAUGGGGUGUUCCCCUAGCUGAGGAACAUGAAAGUUAUUUGGCUGAGGAGGUAUAUAAAAGGCCUGUAAUCAUAUAUAACCACCCAAAAGAAAUUAAGCCAUUUCAUAUGCGCCUCAAUGAUGAUGAGAGAACAGUUGCGGCAAUUGAUGUAGUGUUACCAAAGACUGGAACUUUGAUUAGAGGUGGUCAAAGGGAGGAGCGCUUUGAUAUUCUCAGUACAAGGGUGAAGGAGUUGAAUUUGCCAAAGGAGCAGUAUGAGUGGUAUUUAGAUCUCCGCAGACAAGGAACCAUCAAACACUCUGGCUUCAGUCUUGAUUUUGACCUUCUUGUCCUCUGGGUCUCUGGCCUUUAUGACAUGAGAGAUGUUGUCCCUUUCCCCAGAUCUUACGGCAAUGUGAAUUUCUAGUCGAGCUCCUAACUGAAACAUGGCUUGUAGAAACAAAGUAUACGGAUUGAUGCAAUGCUACUCCUAGUGUCUGACUCUAUACAAUUGUACAUUACCAUGGAUGCAAAAGAAACUUCCCUUAUUUCCAGAGAGCAUCCUUGUUUGAAAGAUUGAGUAGAUCCACAUGUAAAUAUGUACAGAGAAUAAGCUUUAUUUGAAAUACAAUCAAUAUACAAUUUGCAUAUAUAAUGAGAAAUAACUUGUGUACUGCCAAAACACUUCUGUUGAUAUCUUGAAGGGAGUUGAUGAUCAAACAAUAAUAGAUGAUCAAGCUCAUCUUGGACU